AUGAAGAAUUCAAAAUAAUUAUGGUUCAUGUGGAGUCAAUCCUAAAAUUUAAGUUAGAAAUAUGAAAUGGAAACAAAGAAAGUUCUUGGGUCAGGAAAAUUUGGUUAAGUUAUAAAAGUUAAAGAGAGAUUAUCAAAAAUCUAUAGAGCCAUACGUAGCAUCCCAAAAGCUAAAGUAAAGCAUAAGGAAAAAUUGAAAUCAGACGUUAAUUAGCUCAAAAAUAUUAAUCAUGAAAAUGUUAUUAAAAUUUAUGAACUAUACGAGGAUGAUAGGAACAUACAUAUAGUGAUUGAUCUUUGCGAAGGUGGUUCAUUGUUUGAAAAAAUAUUGGAAAAAUACGUACUUUCAGCAGAAGAGGCUCGCUAAUUGUUUUUGUAAAUGAUCCAAUCCAUAAAUGUUUGUCAUAAAUAUGCAUUAUGUCAUCGAGAUUUAAGACCUGAAUCUUUUUUAUAUGUAGAACGAAAAGCAGAAGAUAUGAGGAUUAAGGCAGUUGAUUUUGGAUUUUAAUUGCUUUAUGUAGAUGAUUACAUUAAGAAACAGAAUGGAAUAGUUGUAGAAUCCUCAAGAUCAGGGAAAUUGUAUUUUACAGCUCCAGAAAUAUUUGAAGGUAGACUAACCGAAAAAUGUGACAUAUGGGCAGUUGGAGUGAUUUUACAUGUUUUAAUAACAGGUGAAUUGCCAUUCAAUGGUCAAACUGAUGCCGAAAUCUACAAACAAAUUUAAAAUUAUGAAAUAACUUUAAAAGUUGAAAAACCAGUUGCAGAUUUAUUGUCUAAAAUUCUGAUUGAUCCUUAUAAAAGAAUGUCAAUCUUUGAUAUAUUGAAACAUCCUUGGAUUUAAACUCCUAUUGAUAAAACUAUUUUCUUAAAUCCAAACUUCAAAUAGAUGAAAGAACUAUCCAAUUAAAACCAUCUAUUAAGAAUUAUGAUGAAUUUUUUGUCUGAAUAGCUGCAAAAGGAUUCUUUAGAAAAAUUAAAGAAAAUAUUUGAAGAAUUGGAUGUUAAUUCAAAAGGAUUCAUUUCAGUUUCAUCAAUUAAAGAUACCUUAAAAGAUUAGCCAGAAUACGAAGAAAUAAAUUUAAUUUUAUAGCAUUCUGAAAUUCAGGAUGAUAAAAUUAAUUACAAUAACUUUAUUAAUUAAAUCUAUGAGAAGAGAUUAUUUUUGAAAGAGGAGAAAUGUUAUUUGGCAUUCAAAUAAUUUGAUUUGAACAAUACAGGAAAAAUCACAGUAGACAAUCUUUAAAAUGUGUUGAAAUCUGUUGAUCAAUUUAAAUAUAUUUCAAAGCAAUUUUGUGAAAGUCUAAUAAAAGAAGUUGAUAAAAACAAUGAUGGAGAAAUAGAUUAUCUAGAAUUUAUUGAUAUGUUUUGUAAAAAAAUCUGA